AUGAAGCCCCACAAGAUCAACCUAUCGUCGCGGAAGAUCUCCGUCGCCGUUGCCACGCCGGUGCUCGUCCUGCUGACGCUCGCCGUCGUCUCGCUCUACGACUUCAACUUCGCUGAUAGUUACCUGUACAUACGCCGCGCCUCCUCUUCAUCCUCUGCGUCGUCGUCGUCGACGCCGUCUCUGGCCACUAACUCCUCGUCAUCGACGGUUCCGGACACAUCGUCUUCAGCGUCGUCUCCGGUCAACUCCUCCUCGUCUUCGCCGUCUCCGGCCAACGCCAUCGAGGCCGCCUGCGACCUUACGCGUGGUCAAUGGGUGCCGGACGAAGAGGCGCCGUACUACACGAACCUGACGUGCCCGUUCAUCGACGACCUCCAGAACUGCAUGAAGUUCGGCAAGCCGAGCCUCGAGUUCAUGCGCUGGCGGUGGCAGCCUGACGGGUGCGACCUCCCCCGCUUCGACGCGGCGCGGUUCUUGGACGCCAUGAGGGGCAAGUCCAUGGCCUUCGUCGGGGACUCCCUCGCCAGGAAUCACCUCAAGUCUCUGCUGUGCAUCCUCUCCCAGGUGGCACAGCCGGUGGAGAUCGUCACGACGACGGAGAUCGACGUGACGGGGCGGGCCGUCCGGCGAGACUUCCACUACGGCAGCCACGGCUUCAACGUCUCCCUGUUCUGGUCGCCCUUCCUGGUCAAGGCCAACCUCUCAGACGCGGAGCUCGGUCUGGGCCUGUGGGACAUGUACCUCGACACGCCGGACGCCCGGUGGGCGGCUCACAUCGCCGACUUCGACUACAUCGUCCUCUCGGGCACCAACUGGUUCUUCCGCCCCUCCGUGUACCACGCGGGCGGCCGGCCCGUCGGGCGCAACAGCGGCGCCAGCGGCGCCCACAACGCCACCGAGAUGCCCGUGUCCGGCGCAGUGCGCGCCGCGUUCCGCACGGCGCUCGGCGCCAUCGCGGGCCGCGAGGGGUUCCGCGGCAAGGCCCUGGUCCGGACGGUCACGCCCGCGCACUUCGAGAACGGGGAGUGGAACACCGGCGGCGACUGCGUCCGCACGCGGCCGUUCCGCCGCGGCCAGCGCGCCCGGGACGCCGUCGUGGCCGAGUUCCGCGCGGCACAGGUUGACGCGCUCCGCGAAACCGAGGCGACGUCGCAGCGAAACGGCGCGGAGCUGCGGCUGCUGGACAUCACGGAGGCCAUGGAACUGCGGCCGGACGGGCACCCGAGCCGGUACGGACACCCGCCUGGCGGGAGCGUGGAGGGGAGCUUCGUGGUGGACUGCCUGCACUGGUGCUUACCGGGGCCCAUUGACCUGUGGAGCGAGCUGCUGUUCCAGUUGCUGGCUGCUCAUCGAUAG